AUGCUUCUUCUCAAUCAUUACCUUUCUUCGCUCGUACUUCUCGGCACACCGACGUUCGCGGCAGUUGUGAGCCAGACGCUCACCAUCGCCAACGCGGAUAUCUCACCGGAUGGCUUCACUCGCUCGGCAUCCCUUGUCAACGGCACCUUCCCUGCUCCCUUUCUCUCCGGCAAUACGGGCGACAACUUUCAACUCAAUGUUGUGAAUAACCUCGACGAUACCACCCUUGACUUGGUUACCACUGUUCACUGGCACGGCCUCUUUCAAAAUCAUACCAAUGAAAUGGAUGGAGUAGACUCGGUCACGCAAUGCCCAAUCAUCCCGGGAAACUCAUUCUUGUACAACUUCAGUGUUCCGGAUCAGGCUGGCACAUAUUGCACGUAUAGCAAGCAAAGCUUCAUUUACGUCGCUCUCGCUCCAAAGCUCACGUUGACGAUUAGCCAUUACCAUGACCAGUACUGUGACGGUGUCCGUGGCGCUUUAGUUAUCUACGACCCCUCGGAUCCGCACGCAGAUCUCUAUGAUGUCGACGACGAAUCAACAAUCAUCACUCUUUCGGAUUGGUACCACUUUGUUAGCCCACAGGCUGCAGCGGUGAACACAGCAAAUUCGACACUCAUCAACGGGCUUGGUCGAUGGAGCGAUAGCACGGGAAGCGACCUCACAGCAGACCUUGCAGUGAUCACGGUCACCUCGGGUUCCCGCUACCGCAUGCGCCUUAUCUCUUUGUCUUGCGACCCCAACUUCGAAUUCUCCAUCGAUGGACACAACAUGACUAUCAUCGAGGUGGAAGGCGUGAACGUGCAGCCGCUCGUUGUCGACCAGAUCCAAAUUUACGCCGGUCAGCGCUACUCGUUCGUCCUGAACGCCGACCAGUCGCCCGAUAACUACUGGAUCCGCGCACUCCCGAACACCGGCAACACUACAUACGACGACGGCCUGAACAGUGCUAUUCUACGCUACAGCGGGGUUGAUGAGGUUGAACCGACCACAAACUCGUCUAUCUCUCAAGCUCUCGUCGAGACUGACCUACACCCUCUUGUGUCAACUCCCGUCCCCGGGACAGCAGGUGCAGGAAACGCAGACGUCAAUCUAGAACUUGAUAUCGCUUAUACGGGAACCGCAUUCACCAUCAACGGCGACGAGUACAUCUCGCCUUCAGUCCCCGUUCUCCUCCAGAUUCUCAGCGGCAACACAAGCGCAUCCAGUCUCCUACCAUCUGGUAGCGUGUACUACCUGGACAGAGACCAGACAGUUGAGAUCACCAUUCCUGGUGGUUCCGCUGGCUCCCCUCAUCCGUUCCAUUUGCACGGACAUACAUUCUGGGUCGUUCGUAGUGCAGGAAACGAUACAUACAACUACGAUGACCCGAUUGUGCGCGAUGUCGUCAACACCGGCAAUACCGGGGAUGAGGUGACCAUCCGUUUCACUACUGAGAACCCUGGACCUUGGUUCCUUCAUUGCCACAUCGACUUCCAUCUGAACUUUGGUCUGGCUGUCGUCAUGGCGGAGGCGCCUACUGAUGUUGCUUCCAAUGAAGAGAACGGCUCGCCCACUGCUGCUUGGGAGGCCCUCUGCCCGGCUUACAGCAACUACGUCGGCUCGUAG